GAGGAGAGGCGGAGCUCCGACAGACCACAACUAUUCCUGCUGCUAACUCUUAAUGUGUCCGGAGAGUCUCCUGCAGUCAGUCUUUACUAAACAGCGGAGUUGUCCUUGUCUCUUUUCUUCUGAAACACAUUUCUCCGUCCAGGAAUACAAAGUGAUGCUUCACGGUGAUCCGCAGACAGAAGAGGACCAGCGGUGACAACUCUAACAUCACAUCUCUCUCUCUUCUCUGGAGUACAUUCAUCUUCUUUUUCACGCUGUGUUCGCGUCCUUCAGUAAUGUCGGAGUCGGAUCGCUUUUAAAAAACAACUUUUCUGCCUCCAUGCGGGAGAGGAAACAAUCGGAGUGUUUUUUUUGCUACUUUUUGUGACAUUAAGGAUUAGUGAUCUGUCGUGUUUCACUACAGGAAUGACUCUUUUGUAGCUACAUGUGAAUCCUUUCCAGCUCUUCACCACAGCGGACUCUGUGUGCCGCUGCUAACUGGAUAUAUACGAGACUCUUUCUGCGCAGUAAUCUGCUGUAAAUGGAUCGCCAGUCCACUUUCAUUUCCAUUUGGCUACAACUGGAGCUCUGUGCCAUGGCUGUUCUUCUCACUAAAGGAGAAAUAAGGUGUUACUGUGACGCGCCGCACUGCGUGGCCACCGGUUACAUGUGCAAGUCGGAACUGAACGCCUGCUUCACCAAGGUGCUGGACCCGCUCAACGUAAACUCCCCCCUCACCCACGGGUGUUUAAACCCCGUCGCCAACGCGGCGGAUAUCUGCAGCAGCCUCUCCAGGCCCGCUGACAUCCUCGGAGGUGCGCCGACGCUGGAGUGCUGCCACGACGACAUGUGCAACUACAGAGGCCUGCAGGACCUGGCGCACACCAGAGACUCGACAGAUCAUAGCCGGUACCAGCCGGACAGCAGCAACAGGAACCUGGUGACCCGGGUCCAGGAGCUGGCCUCGGCCAAGGAGGUGUGGUUCCGGGCGGCGGUGAUCGCCGUCCCCAUAGCCGGCGGCCUCAUCCUGGUGCUGCUCAUCAUGCUGGCGCUGCGAAUGCUGCGCAGCGAGAACAAACGACUGCAGGACCAGCGGCAGCAGAUGCUGUCGCGGCUCCACUACAGCUUCCACGGCCACCACACCAAGAAGGGCCACGUGGCGAAGCUGGACCUGGAGUGCAUGGUGCCCGUCACGGGCCACGAGAACUGCUGCCUGACCUGCGACAAGAUGAGGCAGGCCGACCUGGGCAACGACAAGAUCCUGUCUCUGGUUCACUGGGGGAUGUACAGCGGCCACGGAAAGCUGGAGUUUGUAUGAUUCCCGCCGGGAGCUACGUGACUCUUCACCUCCCCACAAAACAGCCUCUCAAUCAUGGCUUUUUCCUUUUAAAAAAGACAUUCCCAUGUUUUUCGUCCAUCGGACUGUUGGGUUUUCAGUUCUUUUUAAACCAGUGGCGAAAAAAAAUACGAGACUGAUCUCAUGCCGUGUGGUUUUUGCUAGAGGAGCACUUUACUUGAAAAUGAAAGGCAAAGCAACGAGGAGCUGUAUUUAAAGACUUGAGAGGGCAGAAACUGAGGUGGAGUGAGAGCUCUGUCACUGCUCCUGAGGAUCCUGGACUUUCACACUGAGCGCUGAAGGAUUCCAAAUCUGUCUUAUUUGCACAUUUGUAAAAAGAAAAACGUUGCUUAAAACAAGAAUUUUACACUGACACCAGGGUACAAAAAAAGAACUUGUUUGAGGAGUAAAAAAAAUCCAGUGUUUGACUGUAGGUGUGCACACUCCUCCUGUGUACGUUUCAUGAUUCAAGCUUAUUGUAAAGAUUUUAAAUAUAUAUAUAUAUAUAUAUAUAUAUAUUUUUGUCUGAUAAAACUGACCGGUCUGCGUCUUGUUCUGGGUGAAUGUCCAACAUCUCUCUCUGUGAUCAGACUAUAAGCUUGAUUGUGAGUGUGAAAGAAAAAACUUCCAUUAAAAUGACUUUUUAUUUAUUUU